UCUUCCAGGAAGUUUAUUCACACAAGACUUAAAACGCCACCGAUGGACGAAACGAAGGCAAGAUGGAUGUUGCAAACCGCUCGGACUUUUACAUUGGUCUGGCGCUUGCUGUAAGCUCCACUAUCUUCAUCGGUGGCAGUUUUAUAUUGAAAAAGAAGGGGCUCCUACGUCUGGCAACAAAGGGCUCCACUAGAGCAGGUCAAGGAGGAUAUGCAUACCUGAAAGAAUGGUUGUGGUGGGCAGGACUAAUAUCAAUGGGAAUUGGCGAGGCUGCAAAUUUUGCAGCAUAUGCAUUUGCACCUGCUACAUUAGUAACACCACUGGGAGCACUGAGUGUAUUGGUCAGUGCGGUGCUCUCAUCAUAUUUCCUGAGUGAACGACUGAAUAUCCAUGGCAAGAUUGGCUGUUUGCUGUGCAUCUUCGGCUCUACGGUUAUGGUGCUCCAUGCUCCACAAGAGGAAGAAGUUGCUUCUUUAUCUGCAAUGGCAGAGAAACUCAAAGAUCCAGGAUUUAUUGCGUUUGCUGUCUGCAUCGUCGUGAGCAGCCUGGUCCUGAUUAUCUUCGUCGCUCCUCGCUAUGGUCAGAAGAAUGUUCUGGUCUACAUCCUCAUCUGCUCUGUCAUUGGUUCAUUAUCAGUGUCUUGCGUGAAAGGCCUCGGCAUCGGCAUCAAAGAGCUGUUUGGUGGAACGGCAGUACUCAAAGAUCCACUCUUCUGGGCUUUGCUCAUAUGCCUCGUGGUCUGCAUCAGCAUCCAGAUCAGCUAUCUAAAUAAAGCCUUGGACAUCUUUAACACCUCGAUAGUCACACCUAUUUAUUACGUCUUCUUCACCACAUCUGUCAUGGCCUGUUCAGCCAUUUUGUUUAAAGAGUGGCUUCGGAUGUCCACCGAUGGGGCUGCUGGGACUGUCAGUGGCUUUCUUACCAUCAUCAUUGGUAUUUUCCUUCUGCACGCGUUUAAAGAUAUUAACUUUAGCUUAGAUUCUCUUCCUUUGUAUCUGCAUCAUGGACUUCGAGGCCAGGCGUAUGUCGCUUUGCCCACCGAUGAGAGAAUUGAUGAAAGCAGUCUGACUAAAGAAAGAAGUGCAACGUUUUUUCCUGAGAGUUCAGACAAGAGGAGCAAUGGCACCUUUAUUGCCUAGUUAAUAAUGCUUGAUGCUAGUGACUGCAGUGUGCAGCUUAUUUUGCAAACCAUUCACACUGUGAGGGUGCUUUAAUUAGGCUUUUAUUAUGUAUUUUGGGGUACUUUUACAUGAUAAAAAUUGAUUUAAAAUAUUAAAAGUUUUAAUAAUCCAUUAGAUUAACAUAUUAGUUAAGGGUUCCACUUCUAUUAUUUAUAAGUUAAUAAUAAAACAGACAUCUUCCGCCAUAAAUAACAUUAAGAAAGCCUGGGAGGAGGACUCUCAGAUGAUAUGUGGAGUGGCGUUCUCAGUCAGGUUCACUCAUUAUCCAUUUGUGCUCGACAUUCUCUUCCUCAGUUUAAAAUAGUACAUAGAGCUCGUAUAUCUAAAGUUAAAUUAGCUUAAAUGUUUUCUGGUCUACUUUAAUGCAGUGGUUCCCAACCUUCUUUUGCCGGAGACCCACUUUUCCUCUGGAAAAUGUUAUAAGGCCCCGCUCAACAUUUAAUGAUAUUAUCGCUCAUAU